AUGGACUCGCCAGCCAGUUCAAACCAAAGCCGCGAAGGCGGUCCACGCAAGUAUGCCUUCAACCGCGAGGGCGCUCGCGAACGAGAAAUGCACCUCUACCUCCCCUACUGGGGCUUCUCCGACUCCGAAAAGUUCGCCCAGCAGUCGGUCGGAACACACCCGAACGUGUCGCGGGACAAUGUUCUCACCGUUUUCGCGCAGCUGGCCGCCCUGCGGAUGAACGCUGCGCGCGCUCUCAUCUCCCUAUUUGACAGGACAACGCAGCAUGUCGUUGCGGAGGCAACACCGGACCUGAGUCUGCGGGCGGCCGACGGUCGCGACCGGGCGGAUGCGCUGUGGCUGGGGGUGCGCCGGCUGCCGCGCCAGAAGAUAACCAUGUGCUAUCAUGCGGUCAAGUCGUUCAUUAAAGACGGACGAGAGAUAUUCGUGGCUAAUGAUUUGACUGCCGACGACCGGUUUAAGGAUCACCCGUCGGUCACGGGCCAUCCCCACAACCGGUUUUAUGUCUCGGUGCCUAUCAGGUCGCCGGAUGACUAUGUCAUUGGCAGUCUGGCGGUGCUGGAUGAUCGGCCGCGGGACGGCGUUACCGAGGACCAGGAACAUCUUCUCAAGGAGCUCUCGGCGACCAUCAUGGAUCAUCUGCUGUGUCAGCGAGCCAUGCGGGAGGAGUACCGUGAGGAAAAGAUGGUGCGGGCGCUGGGAUUGUUCGUCAAAGGCAAGUCGGAUCUCAAUGAGUGGUUCGACAGUGGAGAUGCUCGGGAUAAGAAAUACGGGGGGCAGUUUACUGCUCUGAACAAGAGGUUGGAGAAGCUACAGAUCUCCGGGUCUAAAGGCGAGGAUGGCAUGGAUAACAAGGAUAACGAUGACAAGGAUAACGAUGACAACAAUGACAAGGAUGACAAGGAUGACGAUGCUGGCCAUGACCAGGACAAAGAAAUGCCACAGGCUGCCUCAAAGCACAAACAGGGCAUGCAUGGAUCCCCCGUCCAAAGGUUUAAACAAGGUGGAGAGGAUGAGUCAGACACGCAAGAAGAGCAGGACGUCAAGCCCGACGAAAAGAGUCACAAAAAGCAUCAUCGACCAACGCUCUCCCCCACCACCAGCCAGCUGCAGGAUUCUCUCGCCCCCAGCAACGUCCGGUCCGUAGUCAACCGCGCCGCUUCGAUGAUCUACCAAGCGCUCGACGUCGAAGGCGCCAUGUUCAUCGACGCCAGCGUGUACGCACGGCGGCAGACAGUGGGAUUCACCGGGUCUAAACUUGAUAACCUUGAAGCUUACAAUGACCAGCAAUCCCCGAACAUCACCGGCGGAGAGGAACAGGCCGCAUCGACGCCCAACCCCGAAUCCCGUUCCGAUACCGACGCUUCGGAUGACGACUCGCAGUCCCGAAGCCUGGUGCUCGGUCAUUACACCUCGACUACCUCCGAGGGAGGAGUCAACCUGAACGACAGCCAUUACGUCUCGCUAUCGGGUAGGUUCAUCAACCAUCUCAUCGACCAGUAUCCCCGGGGUAAGAUCUUCCAUGUCGAGGAAGAUGGGUCCAUUUCUCUGAGCUACGAAGGGCUCGCCGAUGAGAUGAGUUACUCCCGGACAGGAAGCCGCGGAGCAAUGUCGACCGAGCCGGAGAAGAAAGAUAUCCAGCAGGAGACGAGGGACAUCAAGGAAAUGAUGAAGGUCCUUCCGGAUGCGCGAUGUGUCGCCGUCUAUCCCGUCUGGGACUUCCAGCGGGGCCGGUGGUUCACCGUCUGCGUGGUAUGGACCAACGACCCGGGCCGAGUGUUGUCGGAACCCAAGGACUUGACGUACUUGGCGGCCUUUAGCAACACCGUCAUGGCCGAGGUGUCCCGUCUGGAUUUGGAGGCCGCCGACCGAGCCAAGAGCGACUUCAUCUCAUCCAUCUCGCACGAGCUGCGGUCGCCAUUGCAUGGGCUGCUCGGCACGGUGGAGUUGCUCCAGGAAAUGGUGAAUAGCUACGCUCAAAAGUCCCUCAUUGAGACGGUCUACAGCUGCGGCCGCACAUUGCUGGAUACAUUGAACCACCUCCUGGAUUACGCCAAGAUCAAUACGCUCACUCGGCCGCGUCCGUCAGACAAGGCUGGCGCGCAAGGGGCCAGCGACGUGUCCAAGCCCCAGACGGCCGUGCCUGGCUCUCUUCAGGACGAGAAUCUCAGCGUGCUAGUGCAAGAGGUCAUCGAAGGCCUUCUCGCUGGCGCAGAGUACCAGCGUCGCGGCGCCAAUGGGGAUAGUGACGCGCUGGCCAAGAAGGAGGAUCUCGGCCCGAAAAACCGUCUCAUCACCAUUGUCGAUAUCGAAUGGCAGGACAGCUGGCGGUUCAGUGUAUAUGCCGGCGCCUGGCGCCGAGUCGUCAUGAAUCUGUUCGGCAAUGCUCUCAAAUACACCCAGGCGGGCUACAUCCGGUUGCGGAUGAGACGCGAUAGCUUGCUAGUGGAUGGCAAGAAAACUCCUGCGAUUCGCAUGACAUUCAGCGACUCGGGCCGCGGCAUGUCCAAGGACUUUCUCACGAAUCAUCUCUACAGCGCCUUCCUGCAGGAGGACACGACUUCACCUGGCCUAGGAGUCGGUCUACAUCUGGUCCAUCAAAUCGUCAAGUCCCUCAAAGGUCAGAUCAAGUUCACCAGUGAAGUGGGUAAGGGAACGGACGUCGACGUCGUGCUGCCUAUCGGACUGCCCGAGGUGUCCAGUCCUUCCUCCACUCGCUCAUUUGCCCCCUUAAAGGAUCAACUGAGCGGCAUGACGGUUUCACUAUUCACGCGCAGCUCCAAGCUGGGCGACCUGGGGUUUGACCCUCGGGUUUUUGACCGCAUCCGGAGCAGCCUCGGGCGCAUGGUAACCGGCUGGUUCGGACUCCGCGUCCUGACGGCCGACGAGCUCGAUUCCACCAAGCCGGAUUUUGCCAUCGUGACGGAACACGAGUACCGCAACUACUAUAUCGAAGGCACGAACGAGCCCAAGCCAGAUGGUGGGGAGAUCCAGCCUGCUCUUCCGUUGAUUGUCCUCUCCGCCAGAACAAGUAGCUGGAAGACAUUGGGAGAGAGCGUCGAGGAUUCGGUCAUUUUCCUCACCCAACCGGUGAGUCCGAAAACACUGGCGACGGCCUUUGAGCAUUGUCUGGGCCAGCCAGAGCGAUCGAUCAGUUCCUCGCCCCGGAGACUGCCCUCGCCCGUGCAGCCUGUUGAGGAAGGGGUCCCGGACGGGGUCCCGAACGCGGAUAAAAUGUUCGAGGGCAUGGUGAACGGCGAGAAGGAUCAGUGCCUAGAGCCUGUCCUUGGACGGGGGGUCAACGGUGAAGCCGGGCGGAAGAACGUCGAUGGACACGAUGACAGGAAACGAGAGAAAAAUAAGACUGUCAACGGUGAAGCCGGGCAGAAGGACGUGGAUGGACAGGAUGACCGGAAAGGAGCGAAAAAUAUCCUUCUCGUAGAGGAUAACCAAGUCAAUCUCAAGGUGAGACUGCUCAACCCGAGAGACCGUGCAUCUCUAACGUCACAGAUCAUCGAAAUGUGCGUCAAAACCGCCGGCUUCACCUACGACACGGCAAAGAACGGGCUCGAAGCCUUGGAAAAGUUCAAGGCGGGUACAUACGACGCAGUCGUCAUGGACAUUUCCAUGCCGGUCAUGGACGGCCUCACGGCCACGCGGCAGAUGCGCGGGUUCGAACGAAAGAAAAAGCGUCCCGAGACCACUAUUAUCAUCCUCACUGCUGUCCUCUCCGCAUCGAUGCAGCACGAGGCCAUGAUGAGCGGAGUGAAUCUGUUCCUGACGAAACCUACGCCGCUGAAGCAGCUCAAGGAGAUUCUGCGGAAUCUGUCGGACGGAAAGGAUGUGUCGCAACAUUAG